AUGGACAAAGACGUUUUCCCACUCCUAGACCUCCAGGAACUGGUAGUGUGUCUUCAAAGCUGCGACUUUGCGUUGGCAAACGAAGAAAACAUUUCUAGACCAUCUUCUAAAUACGUUGUGACACUUUACAAGCAGAUCAUAGAUAGUUUUUCAGGAAUAUCGCCAGAUGCCCUCAUUCAAAGUGGAGAUCGCUUGCUUGGACCAGAUAAGGAUCAAGCCGAUGAGGAUUCAGUCUACAAGGAUACGUUGCAAAUGCUAACGCUAAACAAGAUUUGCUUCAAGUUUUUCCAAGACAUUGGCGUUCCAGAUUUCAACAUGAUGGAUCUUUACAAACCUGAUUCACUUCGAACGCAACGAUUUCUAAGCGCUGUGGUCAAUUAUGCUCGAUUUCGGGAAGAGCGUAUGCUGGACUGUGACCAAUUCAUGUCGCAAACAGAGUCUCUUCUUGGCCAGCUGCGACAGAAAUUCGAUGACUACAACUUUUUGCAGCAGCAGGUAGAGAAGUAUAGAGAGACUUCUAAUCUCGCUGUUGGGGAAACGAUUUCUUCGCUCGAGGCCAAUAAUCGGAAUCUCGAAAAUCAGCUGAAGAAACUUACACAGGUUCAGGAAACCUUCACCAUCGAUUACAACAAUUACAAAAGCAAUAAGCGCAAGCUCAUGGCACAGUUAGAAAGCCUUGGAUUCGAACUCAUAGAGCUGGAGCUGCAGCGCGAUAAGCUGCAGCGGUAUUCAGAGGCGGAUAUACCGAACUUGCAAGCUGGCAUCCAGGAGUUCUCUCAAAUGCUGGACGAUCAGCAAGAUAGUUUGUCAAAGCUUCAAGCAAGACAUCGCGACUUUUCUAAGUCGAUGGAGGUAUUUCAAUCGAUAACUGCCGACCUUUAUGAGUUACUAGGAAUAAUCUCAACCGAUCUGCAACAAUCACACAUCAGAGAAGUUGGGUUGCUAGACAUGAGAGAUCAGCUCAUAAAGAGUGAAGCCAAAUUGGAAAACUUGCUCACUUCUGGAGUUGUUGUUAAGUUAACUAAUUUGCAAUCGCAAUUGGAAAGUCGCAAAGAGAGCAUAAAAGAAUUAGAAAAUACCACAAGAACCAAACAGCAUGAGAACACAGCGGCGCUCCAAAACCUACAAAAACAGUUCUCGGAAGAAGUUAUGCCUGAGAUCCAAAAGAUCGAUGAACAUGUGGAGAAAGAGUUGUAUGGAAACGUGAUUAAAAACCUGGAAAGAGAUAUGCAAGAGUUAAAAGAUGAUUUCAAAAAAGAAUCAGAUGCUAUUGAGUUAGAAUACUCAGUUUUGGCCGCCCACAUAAACAAUUACAUGAAAAGCAUGCUGGAAAGAAUCAGCUGA